AAUUUGCUGAUACAGCCGACUGUUUGAAAGUAGCAGUAUCACAUCUGCGCUGCUCAAUCAAAGAUGAAGUUCAACAUUGCCAACCCGACGACUGGAUGUCAGAAGAAGCUCGAGAUUGACGAUGACCUCAAGCUUCGGGCGUUUUGGGAUAAGAGAAUCUCCCAGGAAGUCAAUGGUGAAGCAAUGGGUGAUGAGUUCAAGGGGUACGUCUUCAAGAUUAUGGGAGGUUGUGACAAACAAGGUUUUCCCAUGAAGCAGGGAGUGUUGACCACUGGCCGUGUCAGGCUUCUGCUGCACAGAGGAACUCCUUGUUUCCGCGGUUAUGGAAGGAGGAAUGGUGAGCGCAGAAGGAAGUCUGUUCGAGGGUGCAUUGUUAGCCCUGAUCUCUCUGUCUUGAAUUUGGUGAUUGUCAAAAAGGGUGACAACGAACUUCCAGGACUCACUGAUACUGAGAAGCCGAGGAUGAGAGGUCCCAAGAGGGCUUCAAAGAUCCGCAAGCUGUUUAACCUUAACAAGGAGGAUGAUGUGAGGAAGUAUGUCAACACUUACCGCCGAACUUUCACCACCAAAGCAGGCAAGGAAGUGAGCAAAGCUCCCAAGAUCCAGAGGCUUGUGACCCCUUUGACAUUGCAGAGAAAGAGAGCUAGAAUCGCAGACAAGAAGAAGAGGAUCAUCAAGGCCAAGUCAGAGGCUGCUGAGUACCAGAAGCUUCUUGCUACUCGUUUGAAGGAACAGAGAGACAGAAGAAGCGAGAGUUUGGCCAAGAGGCGUUCUAAAGCCUCUGCUGCAACUAAAUCUGCAGCUGCAUGAUUGACUUUGGUCUGCACAUCAAUAUUGAAUCUUUUAUGAUAAAUGUUGUUGGAUCCUUUCUUUGCCUCUAUUUUUAGUUUUGGAAAGAUUUUGAGAUUGUACUGUUUUUAUAUGUGGUACGUUUAAAUUACAUUUUUGAGCAUUGAAUUAUUGCUUCUGCCA